ACCAAGACAGAGAUGAUAGCAAAGGCCAAAGCAGAUGGAGAACGAGCAGGACACGGAGCAGGAAGAACACAUUGGGACACCAGCCAGAGAGGUGCAGGCAGGACAUGGGGCCGAAGGAGGCCAGCCAGCUUGGGAGCCAGCGAGGAGCCCAGGGUGUAGUCUGUGCUCCUGUGAAGGUUGGGAGUGCUCUAGGAGGAAGGUGAAGAGUUCAAAGUCGGACUGAGGGAGCAGCAAUGGAAGACAGUAGUGACCUUAGAGAAGCUGGGCUCUCCUAACCCCAGAGCUAGAAACGAAACAUAGCCACAGCUCGCACUGGGCCACCUACCUACAGGUUGAGGAGACCCAGCUGGGACAGAAAAGGUACCACGCCUAUACCCAUGGCCCUACCCGAGGGCCCAGCAGAUGGCAGCCUCCCUGAAGGGGACUCCAGUCCAUCCACAGGCACCGCAGGACCCAGCCAAGACAUAGCCAGCCCUACUGCCCGCAGACGGGCCCUCCUCCGUGAGCUGGAAGCCCAGGUGCAGGCUGCCUACGGACAGAACCGAGAGCUGAGACCAGAAGAGAUCGAAGAACUGCAGGUUGCCUUCCAGGAGUUUGACCGAGACCGGGAUGGCUACAUCGGCUACCGGGAGCUGGGUGCCUGCAUGCGGACUCUGGGCUACAUGCCCACGGAGAUGGAGCUCAUUGAGAUAUCACAGCAAAUCAGUGGUGGGAAGGUGGAUUUUGAAGAUUUUGUGGAGCUGAUGGGUCCCAAGCUGCUGGCAGAGACGGCAGACAUGAUUGGCGUGAGGGAGCUUCGAGACGCUUUCCGGGAGAAUUUGUUCGGAUGAUGUCUCGGUGAACCUGUGUAGCAGCUGGAGUGGACACGCCUGGAGGAUCCCAGCCUCCGAACUGCAGAGGAUCCUAUAUGUUCUUUGAAGGUCAUUGUGUUCAGGACUGUGCAUCUCCUCCCCAUACCCUGCCUGGGCACAGUGUCCUCGCCUGUCAUCACCCCAUAUUUUGUCCUGGUUCCGUAGCAAUAAAGCAGCUCCCAGCUUGUAUAUUCCACUCA